AUGUAUGGAAUACAGAGGGAGAUUGUUAAUCUUACACAAGGUGCCAUGUUUGUGGCGAUCUAUUAUAACAAGCUGAAAUCUUUAUGGGAUGAAUUGAGUUCAUUGAUCAGCUUACCACCACCAGACAGUGUAGUGGCCAAAGCCUACCUUGAUCACCUAAAUCAACAAAAAUUGUUGCAGUGUUUGAUGGGGCUCAAUGACACUUACUCCAUGGUAAGAAGUCAGAUAUUGCUAAUGUCACCAUUGCCUUCAGUGAAGCAAGCUUACUCGGUUGUUAACCAAGAUGAAAGCCAAAGGAUUCUGAUAGGGACCAAUGUUGGUUUAGAUGUGACCACAACCUUGUAUGCUUAG